GUGCAGCAAUGGCUGCCAUAUAAAUGUCAGUUUGAUGUCAAUAAAAAGUAACUUAUUAUAGUUGUUAUGUUUUGUUAAUGUGUUAAUUCAUUUAUAUUCAAAAAUAGUAUCAUAUUUAUACAGUAUUUUUUUAUAAGGAAAUGCAAUUGGUUACGUAGAUCCAACAUUUACUAUGCGUAAAAGGAUGCCACCGUUUCGUAGAAAGAAAUCUAGCAAAAGUUUCCCGGUGAAAGUGUGCACCCUCGAUGCAGAAUUAGAAUUUAAUCUUGAGUGGCGCGCCACCGGGAGGGAUCUUUUCGAUCUCGUAUGUCGAACGAUUGGUUUAAGAGAGACUUGGUAUUUUGGUUUACAAUAUGAAGACUCAAAAGGUUUUAUUUCGUGGCUUAAAUUAGAUAAGAAAGUGCAAGAUCAGAGUAUUCAAAAAGACCCACAAACUUCCACUUCGUUUAUGUUUCUUGCCAAGUUCUAUCCAGAGGAAGUAGCUGAUGAAUUAGUUCAAGAGGUAACACAGCAUUUAUUUUUUCUUCAAGUAAAACAGGCCAUCCUUUCAAUGGAUAUCUACUGUCCCCCUGAGGCAUCUGUUUUAUUAGCAAGUUAUGCUGUCCAAGCUAAGUUUGGUGACUUUGAUGAGGAUACUUACAAACCUGGAUUACUCACAAAUGAAGAUUUACUACCCCAACGUGUCAUUGAUCAGUAUCAGAUGACCCUUGACAUGUGGGAAGAGAGAAUAAGGGUUUGGUAUGCUGAUCAUAGAGGAAUGAGUAGAGAUGAAGCCGAAAUGGAAUAUCUUAAGAUUGCACAAGAUUUAGAUAUGUAUGGUGUUAAUUAUUUUCCUAUAACUAACAAGAAAGAGACUGAGCUAUGGCUGGGAGUGACAGCUGUAGGCUUAAAUAUAUAUGAAAAAGAAAAUAAACUUCAACCAAAGACAACAUUCACAUGGGCGGAAAUUCGACAUAUUAGCUUUGAUGAUAAAAAAUUUAUAAUCAAGCCAGUAGAUAAAAACUCACCGAAUUUCGUUUUUUUUAGCCAAAAAGUUAGAAUGAACAAAUUGAUAUUAGACUUGUGCAUUGGCAAUCAUGACCUUUAUAUGAGGAGACGGAAGCCAGACUCUAUGGAAUUGCAGCAGAUGAAAGCAGCAGCUAAGGAAGAGAAACAAAGGAGACAAGUGCAGAGGAACCGUCUUGCUAGGGAAAAACAACUUAGAGAAGAGGCCGAAAGGGAAAGGGCAAAUCUUGAACAAAGACUGCUCCAAUAUCAAGAAGAAAUAAGGCUUGCAAAUGAAGCAUUGAGACGUUCCGAGGAAAGUGCAGAGCUUUUAGCUGAAAAAAGUAGAGUGGCUGAAGAGGAGGCAAUGUUACUUAGUCAAAAAGCCUCUGAAGCCGAACAAGAAAUCACCAGGAUACGACUUAGUGCCAUGAGAACAGAGGAAGAAAAGGUCAAUUUGGAAAGAAAAACUCGUGAGGCUGAAAUGUUAACUGCCAGACUUGUUGAAGAGUCGGAAAGGAGGGCUGCUGAAGCUGCCAAACUUAAAGAUGAGCUUUUGAGAGCUCGUGCUGCCGAAAAACAAGCCAAAGAAAAGCUAUUAGACUUCUUAAGCAGGACAACUUACACUAAUUCGAUUACACCAAGUCCUAUUUCGUCUGUGACGAGUUUGUAUCCGGGCCCCCUGAGUCCGCAACUGCCUCCGGACUUGCCGGUACUCGAUUCCGAUUCUAGUCCUCCUCCAGAUCACAAUCUCAAUAUUAAUUUCAAUUCUUAUGAUCUCUUAGCACAUGGUGACGCUGACCAGCUCUCUUUGGAAAUCGAAAAGGAAAGAGUUGAUUAUUUGGAAAAGUCGAAACAUCUUCAAAAUCAGCUUCGAGAAUUACGAUCUGAGAUAGCUGUACUGAAGGUGGGGGACAGGCAGUCGGAAUUGGACCAGUUGCACGACGAACAAGUGAAAUUGGGGGAGAAUAAAUAUUCGACCCUCAAAAAAAGUAAAUCCGGUUCGACAAAAUCUCGAGUUGCAUUUUUCGAAGAACUGUAAAUAAUAACUCAACCAACUCCUUCUGGAAGAAGCGUCUUCGUAGUUAGAGUAGGUGCCGUUUACAGUAUAAUUUUAUUAAUUCUAUUAUUUACAUUCGCUUCGUCAGUUUUACCCUUCAAACAUAAAAGAAAUGUUAUACAUCAAUAAGUACUUUAUUCUUCUUUUUUUAAUAAGACAAUUAUAUUUUUUUAGCACUAGAGAAAUAGUCUGGAUAUUAAUGAAACUGGUACGUUUGAUUAUUUACCCAGUUUCUGUUAUAUCGAGAUAACAUUUUAUAGUGAUAAAAAACGUGCCUUCUAUUUGAUAAAUAGUCAGCAUAUAUUAAAUAUACAAAGCUCCAAUGCUCUCGGAGCCCCAAUUCCAAAUAAGUACUAAAUUGUUACUUUCUUCAAGCUGUAUAUAAUAAUAAUCGAUAAUAACAUUCUUUGAUUGUUUGUUGUAAAUAAAUAGUAACCAAUA